AUGGAGACAAGGGACUCUUGGACUUGGUUCCUUGAACUACUAGCAGCUGAUGUUGGAAUUGUUAACUCAUAUGGGUGGGCUUUUAUUUCUGAAAGGCAAAAAGGAUUGCUUGGAGCAUUUGAAGAUGUAGUACCUUAUGCUGAGCAUCGUUUUUGUGCUAAGAAUCUAUUUAGCAACUACAACAAACUGUACAAGGGCAAGGCACUGAAGGACAGCUACUGGGGUUGUGCAAGAGCCACUAUAGUUCAGCAAUAUCAAAAGUACAAAGGUGGUAAACCAAUUGAGGAGUGGGUCAAUGCAUGCUAUAGCGCAGCAACCUAUCUUGGAGCCUAUGAUAACCUUAUACAACCAAUCAAUGGUCCAAAUCUGUGGGGCAGGUCUGAGCAUGAAGCUAUUAAGCCAUCUUCAUAUAGUGGACAACUAGGAAGACCAAGGAAACUAAGAAGAAAGGAGCCUGAGGAGAAAACAGCCAAAUGUGGGAAGAAAUGGCUUGGAAAACAGGGCAUUGCUAUGAGGUGCAGCUACUGUGGAGAAGAAGAUAACAACACCAAGACUCAUCACAUGCAUCUACCUCCAAAUCAAAAGAAGAAAACUGGAGAAGCAUCUGUCUCCAAAGGGAAAAGAAAAGGGGGAAAAAAAAAGCUGCAAUGGACAAAAAACCCAUCAACUGAACCAAUUGCAAUGAGGAUAAGAAGGUCCAUAUCCACUAAUUCAAUAAAGGCACCCACCCAGGCCAGCCAAGUAACAAGUGACCAUGGAGAAAGACCAAGUCAACCCAUAACUAGAGGCAGAAAGAGAAAAUAA